AUGGCUGACGAGUUUGAAGCUACGGUUUUCAUCGAGGAGAAAAAGAAAAGAAAGCGUCGUGGUCCGCGUUUAACUGGAAUCAGUAAACAGCGCAGAAUGGCUAACGCCCGAGAAAGAAAGAGGGUGCAAAAUUUAAACGAGGAAAUUGAAGUUUUAAAAAGUUUGUUACCACUUUCACCACAGAAUAAAAAGCCAACAAAGACAGAGGUUAUAUGGCUUGCGGCUGAAUAUAUUGAUGCUCUUACACAAAUGUUAAAGGAUGCAAAGAGCAUGGAUGAUUUUAACGAACAUUCCUUCCUGGAUUUUGAUACACUACUGGGUAUGGAUAUCGAAAAUCUUUUUGAACUGGACGAUUUUGAUCCACUCGUGUUCUAA